UUUGUAAUGUCCUUUUCAAAAACCCUUCCCGUUAAUAAUGAUACGGAUAAUGAAGAAGAAUAUUAUGAUAAGUUAUACUUCGAUUCGGACACAACAGACGAAGAAGAAUCUGAUGUUCCAGAAGCUUCUUCUAAAAAAUCAAAGAAAUUGUUAAAUCAAGAGCAAAGGAAAAAAUUGACGAAUGAUGAACUUUUAUAUGACCCAGAAUUAGACAAUCAAGAUGAACUUUGGAUGGAAAAGAAAUUAUCUCGAUAUUCUUCAAAGGCUAAACAAAAAGUAUCGACGUCAAAAUCAUCAGAGAUACCGAGUGGAACAGAUGCCAUAUUAUCUUGUCCUCUAUGUUUCACUCCAUUGAGUUAUCAUACACAAAGACACGAACUUUAUUCAAAUCAGUAUCGUGCAAUUUUUGUUGAAAAUUGUAAGAUUAUUAGAACAGAAAAAUUAUUGUAUAAUGAAAAUAGACUCAGAAAUAAAAAUCGUAAAAGUAAAA